AUGGGCUGCUUCGGCGCUGAUAACGACACAAAUCGGGUAGACGAGGAGACUGCAGUCCAAGGCGUACAGGUUGAUUUUAGGGAUGAUCGCUGGAUUAUAGACCUUGAGCUCGAUAACAUUAUCAGCAACAUAUCAGAGAUCGAGAGCUGGACAACUUCAUUUCGUAGGGCGCUUCAGGGCGCCAAUGACAAUGGACAACUCCCGAACGAACUAGGUAAAAGUUUUCGGAUCAACUUUGCUGUCCUCCAGCGAAUACAAUUGAAGCAACUCCGCACCAAACUCGCCAAGCAUGCAAUGUCUCUAAGAUUCCAAGCGAAUGAGCCUCAAGGGUGGCAGGACACUCUCAAAGACUAUAUACAAGCACUCCAAAACUAUGAAUACAUGGAAAAACGAAGUCUGCAACCUGAAGAUCCGUUCUACAUGAGCGGCGAGAAGUAUCAAGAUCGCAAACUCCUUGAAGCCAUUCUUGGGGAUAAAGUGAACAGUUUUGAGGGGCAACCGGUGUUUCCUGCUAUCGGACACUGGCAAAAGGGACCAGAGGAAUCGAGAUCUGUUCGAGAUACAAGACAAGACAACUAUAAGCGGAACUGGACAGUAGGUCUUCACCAAAGGCUUGCUGUAGCUGCCGUCGGCGGGAUAUUUCUCGUGGCUCCUAUGUGGUUGAUGGUCUUGCAUAAUACUCUCUACACGGCUUUGGUUUCGACGACCGUGUUCGUUACUGUGUUUGGAUUGAUGGCUGCGAGAUACCUUACGAGUUUGAUGGAUGUUAUGUCGAGUACAGCGGCUUAUGCCGCUGUGUUGGUUGUUUUUGUUGGACUGAUCACUGAGCUGCACGAUGACUGA